UAACCAACCAAUUACAUUAGAACACCACUGUGUGCUGAAAAUCGUCACACUUUCUCCGAGCGCGCUACGGAAGAAGGUCACGCGUAACAUAUUCCUGAAGUUUUUGGAGGGAUUGGAAUUCAAACUGAAACAUGUCCUGUGCACAUCUACUGUUGGUCCUAAGCGUAGCAGUGAGCCUUGGGUCUGCUGUGGAGAUCCAGCGGCCUCGCGGUGUACCGCUGUCAAAGCGGCAGUUUUAUGAAGAGAACAAACCUUUCACGUGCCUGGAUGGCUCGCGCACCAUUCCUUUUGACCGGGUCAAUGAUGACUACUGUGACUGCAAGGAUGGUUCCGAUGAGCCAGGCACUGCAGCUUGUCCUAACGGAAGCUUCCAUUGCACUAACGCCGGUUUCCGCCCCACGUUUAUCCCAUCCUCCCGUGUUAAUGACGGCAUCUGUGACUGCUGUGACACCACGGAUGAAUACAACAGCGGCGCUAACUGUCAGAACACAUGCAGGGAAUUAGGGCGUAAGGAGAAGGAGAGUCUCCAGAAGUUAGCCGAAAUCACCAAAGAGGGCUUCCUUCUCAAACAGCAACUCAUCGAGGAAGCCAAAAAGGGAAAACAGGACAAACAAGCCAAGCUGACUGAGCUGCAGAACAAUAAGAAAGGGCUUGAAGAGAAAGUGGAGGCGUUGCGCACUGUGAAAGAGACUGCAGAGCAGCCAGAGAAAGAAGCAAAAGAGCGCCACCUGAAGGCCUGGGAGGAACAAAAGGCAGUCAUUCGGGCCGAGAAGGACAGAGCCAAGAUGGCAGAGGCAUUUUUGGAGUUGGAUGAUGAUGCAGAUGGCUUUGUGUCUGUGUCUGAGCUGCAGUCCCACCCAGAGUUGGACCCAGAUACGGAUGGCACUCUAACUGAAGCAGAAGCUCAGAACGUUCUUGGAGGAAGUGCGAAAGUGGAUUCAGCGACAUUUGAGAACGUGUGGAGCAGCAUUAAAGACAAAUACGUUUCAGAGUCUCAGCCAGAGCAGCCUGCCGACCAAGUGCACAUCCCUCCACCUGAAGAAGCCAAGGAGCCAAUCACAGACAACGACUCGGAGCAGUACCCCGAGGACGACAUCGGAGAGGAUGACGACGAUGACGAUGUUGAGGAUGACGAGUACCACGAAGACGAUGACGACAAGGUGACCUCCUCUGUGCGAACUCCGGAGAGUAGUGAUGGGGACGAAGAGGCCAUGCCCCCUUACGACGGCGAAACUCAGAGCCUUAUCGACGCUGCUCAGAAAGCCAGGGAGGAGUUUGAGGAGUCGGAGAGAUCUCUCCGUGAAGUGGAGGAUCAGAUCAGGAAUCUGGAGAAGGAGAUCUCCUUUGACUUUGGACCCGACGCGGAGUUCUCGUACCUCUACAGCCAAUGUUAUGAUCUCAGCACCAGCGAGUAUAUCUACAGACUCUGUCCUUUUAACCGGGUUACCCAGAAACCCAAGUACGGAGGAUCUGAAACAAACCUAGGCUCCUGGGGAACGUGGUCAGGACCAGAGGAGAACAGAUACAUUGUGAUGAAAUAUGAACAUGGCACUGGUUGCUGGCAAGGCCCCAACAGGUCAACAACAGUGAAGCUGACCUGCGGUAAAGAGACUACGGUGACUUCCACCUCGGAGCCCAGCCGCUGUGAGUACCUGAUGGAGUUCACCACUCCGGCCGUGUGCCAGGAACCUCCCAGUCUGGAGGACACGCCGCAACACGACGAGUUCUAGACAUCCUGUCCUGUUUGCUCUGGCGGGACCACGCCCUCUCCUCUCUGGUUUCAGUCCGUCAGCAGCGGCAGCAGUCAGGAUGGCCUCUCUCAGUAAAAAUAGCAUGCAGUCGAUUAAAUCUUUCAUGACCGUUUGCUUCUCUUGUCCCUUUCUCUCUUUUUUUAUACCGAAAUGGAAUCAAAUCUUUCCCUCACAUUCCACUUACGUGUCGAAUAAAGUGAACUUGAAAAAAAA